AGGGAAGGGACCCUCUCAAGACCCUGCCCAGGGGGUGGAGGAACACAGUGUGCUCAGAACUCGGCCCCUUCCCCCGACCCCCAGGCCGAGGUAAGGGUCAGAAGUUGGCACCGCGGAGCCUGGGUGACCCCUCCACCCACCCAUGCCCACCCCACAUGAGGCUGAGAAGCAGCACACAGAGCCAGAGGAGGCAGACAGGCCUCCCUCCAUGUCCAGCCAUGACGCAGCCCCCCUGGCAGCCCGCAGCCGCAACCCUUGCUGUCUGUGUUGGUGCUGCUGCUGCAGCUGCUCCUGGAACCAAGAGCGGCGGCGAGCGUGGCAGGCCUCACGGGAGAGCAAGCUGCAGCCCCUCCCCAGCUGUAACACUUGUGCCCCACCGAGCCCAGAAGAAGUACAGAGUUGGGCGCAGUCCUUUGACAAGCUGAUGCACAGCCCAGCUGGCCGCAGUGUAUUUCGGGCGUUCUUGCGUACAGAGUUCAGCGAGGAGAACAUGCUCUUUUGGUUGGCUUGCGAAGAGUUGAAGGCAGAGGCCAACCAGCACGUGGUAGACGAGAAGGCACGGCUCAUCUAUGAGGACUAUGUGUCCAUUCUGUCCCCCAGAGAGGUGAGCCUGGACUCUCGUGUGCGGGAGGGCAUCAACAGGAAGAUGCAGGAGCCGUCGGCACACACAUUUGACGAUGCACAGCUACAGAUCUAUACGCUCAUGCACCGGGACUCCUACCCUCGCUUCCUGGGCUCCCCCACCUACCGUGCACUGCUGCUCAGCGGGGCCCCCAAGCCCUCUCCUGAGGCAUAGGCAGACAUUCCAGCCUCUCUGGAGCAGGCCUUGGGGCUCACUUUCCUGGGCCUUGGCUGGCUGGCAGAGCCAUUCAUAGUGGGCAGUCGCCAUGCUGCUUAGCUUUUCCCUUGCCCAGCUCAGCAAGUGCUCCAGCCAGAGUGGGUGGGCUGGAAGCCCCCACCAGCCUGUGGCUGCCUAGCUGGGUCUUCUGCCAGGGUGCCCUCCCAUGAGAAGCCUUGGGCCUGGCCUCACGGGAGCCGCGCACCCAGGACAGCCUCAGGUGGAGCAGAGCCCCUACGGCAAGAGACAUUCCUGUGUGAACUGUCUGCACCCCAGAACCUCAGAACCAGACGUGAAACCUCAAAGUGAAGCUCAAGCUACAGGGCCUGACUGUAUUUUAUAUGUUCAUGAACUUUAAGCCUCGAAAUGUACUGACUAUGUGUUUAUCAAAAAAAAGAUGAAAAUGUUUUCAUAUUAA